AUGGUACAACCAGCAAGGUCCUCCAACGCCAUCUUUAACUUCAGAGAAAAGCUGCUGAAAUAUUGUGAGAGUGAUGUUGCAUUAUUAAAAGAAGGUUGUUUGAAAUUUGUCAAAGAAUUCGAAGAAAUUGCUGGCUUUAAUCCUCUCAUUCAAUCCAUUACCAUUGCUGCUGCCUGCAACUACUUUUGGCAUAAGGAAAAGCUAGAAGAGGAUCUCAUUGCCUUAGAACCAAAUGGCAGGUGGCAUGGCAACCAUAUUAAUCAAAGUCAAAUUGCCUUGGAGUGGUUGUACUUCCAGGACCACCAGAGAAGUGGUAUGGGGCAUGUCCGCCACGUGAGGAACGGGGGUGAGGUGCAAGUGCUUACACCCGCAGAAAGUUAUUAUGUCGAUGGUUUUGAUCAACAAACAAACACUGUCUUUGAAUUUUACGGGUGCUUCUAUCACGACUGUCCCCGCUGUUUCAAAUCAGGCCGACAUGCCAAAAACAACUGCCACAAAGACCGCAAAAUUGAUGAAGUCUAUGACGCCACCCUCAAGAAAGCCGCCAUGCUGCGCCAAGCAGGGUAUACACUCGUAGAAUGCUGGGAAUGUGAGUUUAAUGACGAAAAGAACAUCAACCCACAAUUGAAAGCAUUUUUAGACACCCUGGAAAUGGUACCACCCCUCAACCCUCGUGAAGCCUUUUAUGGAGGACGAACCGGGGCGGUGGCCUUGCAUUGCAAAGUAGAAGAGCCUGACCUCAUUAAAUAUGCAGAUGUAACCUCGCUUUACCCCUGGGUAAACAAAUACAAGGAAUAUCUGGUCCGUUUUUCUCUCAUUUAUACCAACCCCAGGGAUCAGGACAUCCACCAUUAUUUUGGCAUUGCCCAAGUGGAUAUUUUGCCCCCUGAAUUGCUCUAUCAUCUCGUGUUGCCCUACCGAGCAGGGAAUAAGUUAACAUUCCCCCUGUGCCGUGCCUGUGUGGAGCAAGAACAGCAAAAGCCAUGUCUGGAACGAUCCAAUAUCUGCCCUCAUACCGAUGCAGAACGCAUGCUCCGAGGGACGUGGGCCACCGUGGAACGCAUGCGUAGAAGAAAACAUGGGGUAAAAACAUUUUAA